AUAUAUAUAUUUGUAAUCUAUUCCUUGUAGACUGCUUUCAAACAGAAAAGACAUGGGUUCGUUUAUUAAGCCUUGGAUGUUCUUGCUGCUACUGCUGGUGAUUAGUUUUAAAUGUCAGAGCACAAGAGUUGCUGAGGCUGCCAGUCCAGUAGCCUUGCUACCUAAACAAAGAUACUCAAAGAUUUUUGAGACGCUCGGAGUGGUUUGCAAGUGCUGUGAUGGUGCCGGAGGAGAAUGCAGAAGUAUAUGGGUUGGGUCUUGCUCUAAGCUACACUGCAUCCCUUGGAAGUUACAACACUAAUUGCAUGUUUAUGGUCUCUCUCUCUAUAGUUCCAACCUUAGUUUUACUUGAAGUUUCCAGUUCUCUCCCAGGUCUAUAUAAGUUGUUUAGUGCUAUUGUUCUCCAGGAAAUACAGUUUCUACCCUAUUAAAUCAGAUGUUGUAUAUUUAUGCAUAAAAACCUCAACUUUUCUUGUUUAAG